UGCUCCGGGAGGAGAAAAUUAUAUCCUUGAGUGCAACGGCCAACAGCUCAGAACAAUAUCUGAAUUCCGACCAUGCGGUUGUAUCUAUUAUCCAGCUGUGCUAGCUUGUUUCUCGCUGCAGCGGCGCUACCCCCAGGUAGUGUUGCAGCCGAAGACGCACCACAGAUCCCUUUGACGCAGCAAGGUAAAAGAAAUGGACAGUGGGCAUAUGCAUAUCGCCGCGCCGAAAGGCUGGUGCAGCAAAUGACAUUGGAAGAAAAAGCCAACAUUACGCGUGGAUACCGCAGCGACAACGUCUGCGCUGGUAACACUGGCUCCGUUCCUCGACUAGGAUGGCCCGGCAUGUGUGUUCACGACGCUGGUAAUGGAGUUCGCGCAACUGACAUGGUCAACUCUUAUCCAUCUGGGAUUCACGUUGGAGCAAGCUGGGAUCGAAACCUGACACAUGAAAGAGGGUUCCACAUGGGCAAGGAGUUUAAAGCAAAGGGAGUCAACGUACCACUCGGUCCCAAUGCUGGCCCAUUAGGACGAACGCCGCUAGGUGGUCGAAAUUGGGAGGGAUUCUCUAUUGAUCCAUAUCUCUCUGGCCAGUUGAAUUCAGAGACUAUAAUCGGAAUGCAAGAGGCUGGCGUAAUUGCGAAUAUCAAGCAUUUCAUCGCCAACGAACAAGAGACUCUAAGACGUCCGUACUUUGGUGUUGAAGCCGUUUCGGCAAAUAUCGAUGAUAAAACGCUGCACGAAUACUACUUGUGGCCUUUUAUGGACAGCGUUCAUGCUGGUGUAGGAUCUGUCAUGUGCUCUUACAAUAGGAUCAACAGUACGUACGGAUGCAAGAACGACAAGCUUAUGAAUGGCAUCCUCAAGACCGAGCUGGCAUUCGAGGGUUUCGUCAUGCUUGAUUGGGAUGCUCAACACGAUAUACAAAGUGCCAAUGCGGGACUCGACAUGGUGAUGCCUCUCGGUGGUUCAUGGGGCAAGAAUCUGACAGAUGCGGUUGCGAACGGGACUGUCAGCGAGGACCGGGUGACUGAUAUGGCAACACGCAUUAUCGCUGCAUGGUAUUUGGUCGGCCAAGAUGGUAACAAAUUUCCAACUCCGGGCAUUGGCCUCAAGCAGCUCACCCAACUUCAUGAGAAGGUAGAUGCAAGAGAUCCUGCAUCAAAUUCUGUACUUUUGGAGGGCGCUAUUGCAGGACACGUCUUGGUCAAGAAUCGCGACAAUGCUCUGCCGUUCAAAGGCAAGCUCGCUAUGAUAUCCGUGUUUGGUUACGACGCUACAAUCCCCCGUACCAAGAAUACUGACCUUUUGUUCUCACAUGGAUACACUUCGUCUCCAGAGAUGGAAAAAGUUUUAUUGGGCCAUGAAGCCCACUUUGACCAGGCAGCAAGGGGAGGUACAAUCGUCACUGGUGGUCGGGCUGGUGCAAACUCGCCAGCAUAUAUCGAUGAUCCCCUUAGUGCCAUUCAGCAUCGUGCUCGCAAAGACGGCACUUGGGUGAACUGGGAUCUGGAUUCAUCCAACCCUGAUGUUAAUGCCGCUUCCGAUGCUUGCCUGGUUUUCAUCAAUGCGAUUGCAACCGAGGGCUGGGAUCGCGAAGGGUUGCAUGAUGAUUUCAGUGAUGCCCUUGUCAAGAAUGUGGCUUCUAAAUGCACCAACACCAUUGUUGUCAUACACGCUGCGGGCAUUCGUCUGGUUGAUCAAUGGAUCGAGCAUCCCAAUAUUACUGCCACUAUCGUUGCUCAUCUGCCUGGCCAAGACAGCGGCAGGGCUCUUUUGAAGCUGCUCUAUGGCGAAUCCAACUUCUCUGGCAAGCUACCUUACACAAUUGCAAAGAACGAGAGCGAUUACUCAGUGUAUGCGCCGUGCAUGCGUAGUUCUGAGGACGACAUUGACCCGCAAUGCGAUUUCACCGAAGGCGUAUAUCUCGAUUAUCGCGCUUUUGAUGCGAAGAACAUUACGCCACGAUUUGAGUUUGGAUAUGGGCUCAGCUAUACGUCUUUUGGAUAUUCAUCCCUCUCCAUCAAUGCGUCAAAACAUCUUCGCCCGUCCAAGUGUAGCGGCGAUAAUCUCUGGCAACCUGCUGCAACAGUUGCCGCAACAAUCACCAACAGUGGCUCUAUGUCUGGACAUGAAGUUGCCCAGCUAUACUUGGCUAUCCCAAACAGCCCACCAAAACAAUUGCGUGGCUUCAAUAAGAUACUCUUGUCUCCUCAAGGGUCGGAAAUUGUUCGCUUUGAGCUUACAAAGAGAGAUUUCAGUGUAUGGGACGUGAUUUCUCAGUCCUGGGUUAUUCAAGAGGGAGAGUACAAAAUCUUUGUUGGAGCAAGCAGUCGAGAUAUUCGACUAACAGGAGCACUGCGAGUUACCAACAACUAGAUGACUAGUCGGCAUUGCUUGUGCUCACGUAGUGUUGAAAGUGAGCGCAGUUUUGUAUUAUGAAGUGAUACGAUGUAUAUAGAGAAUUAAUCAAUGAAUUCAGGACAAUUUU